CUGACCUCGAGUAUGUUUUAACAGUAACACUAACCAAAUGUUAGCCUUGUUUUAGAACUGCAGGUAGUUCAGGGAAAGAAAUUGGAUAUAUUUUUAAAAUAGCUAACGGUAUCUGAUUUGUAAUGGGGACGCCAUCAGACAAAAGUUGGAUGACGUCGUACCGAUUUAGUUCAUGUUAUAUUCAAGGGGUCAAAAAUUUUCUGAAUGUUGCAAAAGACUUUACUGAUUCAAAUGGCAGAGUUCGAUGUCCAUGCAAGAACUGCAUCAAUAUUUAUUUGAAGCCAUUGAAAGAAGUCAAAAUGGAUCUAUAUCAAUAUGGAAUUAGUGAAAACUACACAAACUGGGUGCACCAUGGUGAGACUUCUCAACCUCGUGAUAGUUUAGAUGACUCUAUUAAUUCGGACAAUGAAUUGGAGGAUAGUGGAAAUGAUGUUUCAGAAAUGUUAGAUGAUAUGUGUAAUGCAACUUUUAUGGACACCGACAUGGAAGACAGACUUCCCAAUCAAGAUAAUAACAUGCUAGAAGGAGAAGUAGCAAAAUUUGCUAAAUUGUGGAAUGAUUCUCAUUGUGAACUAUAUCCUGGAAGUCAAAAAUAUUCAAAGCUCUCUUUUCUUCUUAAGAUGAUUAAUAUCAAAGCACUCACAAAUUCUAGUAAUAAGUCAUUUUUUUCGAAUUUGGAGUUGUUCAAGGAUGCACUCCCGAGAGGAGAAACCCUUCCAAGCUCAAGUUAUGAGGUUAAAAAAUUGAUGCGUGAUUUAGGACUCGGUUACGUAACUAUUGAUGCUUGUGUAAAUGAUUGUGUGCUAUUUUGGAAGGAAAAUGAAAAUCUUGACACGUGUCCAACUUGUAAGGCCCCUAGAUGGAAAUUAGGUUUCGGAAAACGCAAGAAGGUUGCUCAAAAAAUUCUUAGACACUUCCCUUUAGUACCUAGACUUCAGAGGUUAUUUAUGUCUAAAGAUAUUGGUGAAAAUAUGAGGUGGCAUAAGGAGAAACGUGUAGAUGAUGAUACGAUUAGACAUCCAGCUGAUGCUACGGAAUGGAAAGAUUUUGACCAGAAAUAUGCUUGGUUUGGCAAAGAUGCUCGUAACGUACGACUUGGGCUUGCUAGUGAUGGAUUUAACCCUUUUGGAAAUAUGAGCACGAGUUAUAGCAUGUGGUCGGUGAUUGUGACGCCAUAUAACUUACCACCAUGGAAAUGCAUGAAGGAGAAUUUUUUUGAUGUUAUCUUUGCUUAUUCCUGGUAAGGAAUCUCCCGGAAAUAAUAUCGAUGUAUAUUUAAGGCCAUUAAUUGAUGAGUUAAAAGAGUUAUGGGAGACCGGUGUGACAACAUAUGAUGCAUAUAGCGGUAAGAAUUUUCAAUUACAUGCUGCAUUAUUAUGGACAAUAAAUGACUUUCCAGCAUAUGGAAUGUUAUCUGGAUGGAGCACAAAAGGAAAAUUGGCAUGUCCUGUGUGUAAUAAGUGGACGUGUUCGCUAAUAUUAAAAAAUGGAGUGAAGCAAUGUUACAUGGGUCAUCGGAGAUAUUUACAUGCCCAACAUUCUUGGAGAAAAAGCAGAAAAUUUGAUGGCAAACCAGAGCACGGGUCAAAGCCUGAAGAGUUGUCAGGAGAUGAAGUUCUAAGGCAAUUAGAUUUGCUUCCAAAAAGCCUUGUUUUUGGGAAGACACCUAACCAAAAAAAGC